ACCUGCCGCUCAAAUUGGUAAAACAAAAGGGGGAAAUGGCGCGGAGGAGAAUUCCCUCCCUCUAGCAAAUUUUAAUUUCGCCUCUUUCGAAAAUUCAAAUAUUCGAAGAUAUCCAAAACCCUUACAAAUCUUCCAACGAAAGAGAGAGGGAGAGCCAAACGCCCCCAAUUGCAAUGGAUCAUGCCAUGGAAACCCUAGAAGACGAAUCCUUGCCUUCUCUCCCUUCAACUUCCACCGCAGAAAUCCAGCCCUCCGAUUCUCUUGCAGAACUCAAGGCCUCUCCCAUGGGUGCGGGUCUUGUGAAUCUUGGCAAUACGUGUUUUCUGAACGUGGUUCUUCAGUGCUUCACGCACUCGGUGCCGGUUGUCGAGAGUCUCCGGUCAUGCGGUCAUGCGGAUCCAUGUUAUCGUGGCAGUGGAAGUUUUUGCACUGUCUGUGCUCUAAGAGAUCAUAUCGAGCUGUCUCUAUCUUCGUCUGGUGGAAUCAUUUCACCUCUGAAAUUGGUGGAUAAUUUGAGCAAUAUAUCUUCUUCUUUAGAAAGAUUCCAGCAGGAAGAUGCCCAUGAAUUUCUCAUGUUCACUGUGGACAGCCUCCAGAGCUGCUCUUUGGAUUUGAACUGGGAUGAUAAGUCCUCAAAUUCACAAGAAGCCAGCUUUGUAGAACGGAUAUUUGGUGGCCAUCUUAGAAGCCAGCUGCGAUGUUGCAGUUGCAAUCAUCGUUCGGACACUCUUGAGCCUCUAAUUGAUCUGAGCUUGGAAAUUGAAGAUGCAAAUACUCUUUAUACUGCUCUUGAGUCAUUUACCCAAGUUGAAAAGAUUGAUGACUCAGAUAUGAAGUUCACCUGUGAAAACUGUAAAGAGGAAGUAGUGGUAGAGAAACAGCUUACCAUUGAACAGGCACCUGCGGUUGCUGCAUUCCACCUCAAGAGAUUUAAGAGCGAUGGUCACUUUGUUGAGAAGAUCAGUAAGUUCGUGGAAUACCCUUUGGAACUGGACUUGCAGCCUUUCCUUAGCAGCCCAAAUGAUGUCAACAGUGGGAAGUUCAAAUAUGAAUUAUAUGCUGUUGUUGUCCAUAUUGGAAUUUCAUCUGGCUCUGGACAUUAUUUUUGCUUCAUCUGCUCCUCUCCACACUCAUGGCAUGUGUUGGAUGAUUCUAAGGUGAUGAGGGUUAGUGAACAGUGUGUGCUCCGUCAGGAAGCCUACAUUCUAUUCUACAAAAGGAAAGGGGUGCCCUGGUUUUCAAGCUUAAUGGAAACACAAAAGAUAUGCCAAGAUUUGAACAAUGCCUCUACUUCCCCGAAGUCAGUGCUGGAUGUCUCAGAGAGCAUCUCUGUUCCAUUUUCUAUGUCAGCUGUCAAAGACAGCAGCUCAGGUGGUGAGGCUGGUGAGGCUACAGAUGCCAUGGAUUUCAACCCUACCACACCACCCCAUAGAUCUUCAAGCCCCAAGAUGGUCUCUGAAGAGCCUUCAAAAAUAAAUUAUUCAAUCCCAUGCAACCAUCCGAGAUCGGCGGGUCAAGAAGACCUGAAGAAACCCACCAACAAGAUUUUUCAGGAUGGGAGAACAAAGGAGGCAGUGAAUAGAUUGCUGAGGGGCAUGCCUAGUUCACGGAGUUCGCAGCUACUAUCCUGCAUUUCUUCUUCAAGGGGGUGUCUCAGUGAAGGCUCUAUUAACCGGACUAAGAGGCGGAAAAUACAGCAUUUGGACACGUCAUGUUCAGAUGCAGAGGCCAGCCCUUCUCCAUCUAAGGCCCCACACAAGCAGCAACUCAGUCCUCGUUCUGUAAUGCGUGGGUUGGUAUCUAGAGACACCCAUUUAAUCCAAUUUGAUUCCUACUGAAUGGUUAUUAACCUUGUAAUAUUCAACCACCUAACUGCCAACCCCAUGCUUAAUCUUCUUGUUCUUCCUUCCUCUUGAGCAAAUAACACUGGCAUUGGUAAAUGGGUCUGAAGGUGCCCUGAAUUUCCACAAUUUCUCCCCUUAAUUGGAGGGUUGUAAACGGGCCUUGAAUUUUCAUAGUUGUUUGGUUCUGUUUUAGGUCAUCCAAGGAAGCACACUAGAAAUUUUGCUCGA